AUGCGUCGGCUAGCUUUGAGGAAACUAUUGGAUUUCCUGGAGUACUUGGUGCCAUUGACUGCACAUGGGCACAUCAAGGCUGGUCUGAUCUGCUUGCGACGCAGCAUGCUCUCCUCGAUGUUUUGUAUCAGUUUACUCAAUCAGCCAGGGGCAUCGAAGUCUGGAGCAUGGGCUAAUCAUCGCGACUUGAUUCCGGGUGCACCUGAGGACAAAGUUGCUUCCCUCAGAGUCCUGUACUUAUCUGGAGAGGGACACUACCUCAGCGCUAAGGCGUGCCUUUAUAAUGCCAAAAGUGGGCUGACUCCUUGUCCUGGACCCGGUGGACCGCCCCUUCUCCUUGGGCCUCACGCCGUCCCUCGUCUGCCAAGCAUCAACAUCCUGCUUUUUUCCGGCCGUCUUGAAGAUUGGCAGUCAUUUCUCGACCUGUUUCAAGCACUCAUCCAUCAAGACGCUCGUCUCACCGAUGUCGAGAGACUUUAUUAUUUAAAGUCGCACGUACAAGGUGAGGCAAAGGCAGUGUUGAAUACAUUGCAGCUCGUCGGCUCCAACUAUUCGACCGCCUGGAGCCUCCUUACUUCACGAUUCAAGCACCACCGCCUCCUCGUGCACGAUCACAUCACGGCACUAAGGACGCUCAAGACUCUAAGAGAAGAGUCUGCUGCCGAUUUGCAGGGCCUGCUUGAUACCUUGGAGAAGCACCGCGACCAGCUAAAAGUGCUGAAGCAGCCCGUGGAACAGUGGGACGUGUGGAUAAUCUCCUUUUCCUCCACCGCCAUGGACUCAUCGACUCGGAGGGCCUGGAAGGACGAGCUUGAGAAGCUGGAUGCAGCUGCCUUGGCGCCUGGAGAAGUAGCCACAUUUGCCAACCAGUCCAGCUUUCUGCGCAGGCGUGUCCGCUCUCUAACCUCAGUAGACGCCUCGCACAGCCUACGCUCAGCGAGCGAUUCAUUAAGCUCACGUUCAACGAGUGGCCGCCCUGCCGGGCCAGCACUGAUCGGCCGCAACUACAGGACUCUCGCCACACAGGCGGCUGAAGCUGACUGCUCUGCUUGCCAUGCUCCUUAUUACAUCGGCCAUUGCAGUCGUUUUCUUCAGCUGGAUGAGACAGCACGCCAGGCUCUCGUUGCUCAAUCGAAGCUGUGCUUCAACUGCUUGAGGUCAGGCCACAUAGCUCACUCCUGCCCAUCCCAAGGUGUAUGUCAGCACUGCAGCGAGAGACAUCAUAGCUUGAUUCACAACGGCAGCCGUUAA